CACGGCCUACGACUGCAGGUAAGUUACAAAAAUUUAAAUACUUUAUUAAAUACCACACCUUUUUUUCAGUAACACACGCUACCCCCUCCUCCCCUCCCCCAUCCUUGCAUAAACAAGUCCCAUUUUGGCUAAGGUGAGAAAGAUUUGCGCAAGCACAAGGUACUACCCUUUAUUGAGGUGCGCGGUCUAAAAGGAACGCAAAGUUCUGUCGUGUUUCCCGCCAUUGCCCGAGGUGAUCUUAGCAGGAACUGCAAUAAUAGAACUAUUCUCCAGCUUUUCCUCUUGCCAGUCAAGCAAUCCAUUAUUUUUUCGCAAAACGAAAACGUGCCUAAUGAUGAUUGGAUCGGUUUGAGCAAUGUGAAAACUAAAAUGCCUUUCUUGCAUCCCAUAAGCCCAAAAGUCAAACUAAGAAAACAAAAGGAGAAUAAUAACUUAUAGGAGAGAGAAAGAAGUAAGUAAACGUUUUUCAAAAUCCAGCUACAUAUUCAGUUUUAACUUAAAAAUUUUACACGACAUAUUCACGGACAGAUGGUGAAUCGAAUACGAUGCAACUCGGUCGUAAAUACAUCCACCCAUCCACCGUAGGUGCUAUUUUUAAAAAGGCGACAAAUCAAAGUAAAAACUAUAUUAUUAAUUUUAAUCUUGCAGUACCAAGCACAGCUCCUCCUACUCCUUCUCCUACAACUGGUGAGUGAGUUUUGUAAGGAAGACCCCAACCCUCCAAGCUCAUUCUACGAGAUAACCAACACGGCCAUCAAGAAUUCGCCUUAAACUAUUUAGCAGAACCCCCUUCUAUCUUCUGGAGUGAGGAGAAGAAGAGGUGGCUCGGCCUGAAUCGUGUCAAGCCUUUGAAGUCCCCAAAUUCCGAACUAGUCAAUCUUGUUCUCUAUCGUCAAACUGGUUUUCCGACUGCGAGCAUCCAUUUGUUAAUAAACCAAGGAUCAUAAAUGAGCCCGCUGUACUAAGCGCACUGCUACUAAGUCUGUGUUAGAAUAGUGUAUCCCAGCAAUAAGCGGCACAUUUUCAAGGAAGAGCUCCCUUUAUUCAUUACAUUCUCGAGUACGCCGUUAAUAGAACACCGAAUCGAGAAGUGACAGAAACGCUUUGAUAACAGGCCGUACAUGACUCACAUUCUUUUACGAUUGAUUAAUUGCUAGAUUUGAACGAGUGCCUCUCCUCGCCCUGUGACCCCAAUGCCGUUUGUCAAAAUACCAUUGGUUCCUUCACUUGCACGUGUAAACCUGGAUUUACUGGAAAUGGACUAUCUUGCACAGGUAAGUUAAACAAUGAUGGAUUUGAAGACUAUAGGCUACAAACAUAAGUCGGACGAAUGCGCAUUGGCCACAAUCGCAGGUGCAUUAACUUGUUUUACACAAAUAGAGAGUGCUUUCUUUAAGGACUAGUACAAACUAAACCAGAAGCUUAAUGGUACCGUCGUGGUGUCUCGAGGAUCCGGUGGAACAUUACUCUAUAUACUUCGAAUCACUUAUGUCUUUUUACCACUGAAAUCAUUAAAAUUAUUAAAUUUGAUUAUUCCAUUGAAGUUAAGUAGAGCUUUUUGUCCUAAAAAUACUGCUACAAUAAACAGGAUACACAUUCAUCCGUUGCGAGUACUUCUGCUUGCAUAGCCUAUCGCGGUUUUGUUUGACGUCCACUGACUAUAUCCCGGUUAAGUUUGAACAAGUCUAAAUCAUUUUAAAUUCUUAGCCAACUCAGAGCUCUGUAAAGAACCCUUGAACGUUAACAAGCAAUUGGUACCUUAAUUAGUUAAGCGAGCUGUUUUAAGAAAACCUUCUUGUGUUUAAAAUAUUUUGCCAAUAAGCAGACAUCUGCUUUAUUGGCCAUUCUGAUUCUGAGGCUUUGCGUCAGAAUGGGUUGGUAAUUUCUCUACAUGGACCUUUUUUGUGGAGCUGUCGCUUCUUAUCGGCUAUUGAGAGGUUGUGCAAGAAACUGGGUCAAAGUGCGUUUCCCAGAACAUUCCCAUAGACUAACUGCAUUUUCAAGACAACCGCGAACCUAAGCGCGAGGACGGGUGCACGCUAUUUGCGUUCCCGGGUCUAUGGUGCAGAGCUCUUGCGUUUCAUCCACUAACCAUUGUAGCCUCCUUUUUUUGCUUCCUCAACCUGUCAUCUUUGGUGUAGCUAAAUAUGAUAUGAUCUAUUUUGUCACGGGCUCCAGUCAAGAUGACGUUUAGGUUAGGAUUUAACUCGGAUUUUGACUGAAAAAAUACCGAUAAAGCGACGAUCGGUGUUUUAACCAUCUCCCUCCCCCCUCCCCCCCCCCCCCUCAAAGUGAGUUUUGCUUAGAGGCAAAUGUAAUUCUUACCCUCUCCCCGAGUAGUAUCGCUUGUUACUUCAAAAUCACCGAAACAAGACCUAUUGUUUUUUAAUUUGAUCUCCUUUUCUUGAUACGCUUCACAUUUAUUAAUAAAAGUAAUAACAAAUGAAUUGAUUGAUUGAUGAAACUGACAUUUCUAUUCUAGACUUGUGAGCAAUUCUCCCAUUAAUAUUUUUACUAAUAUUUUCUGAUUAAUUUAGACAUCAACGAAUGCACCAUGUCUUCUCCCUGUGAGGAACCUGCCUCUUGUACGAAUACUGAGGGUUCCUUUCUUUGUACAUGCCCUAACGGAUUUGUAAUUACUGGAAACGGUUUAUCCUGUUCAGGUGACUUAACAUAAUGAUAAUGCCAAUAGACUAAGCUUUUGUAAGCGUCCUUCUCGAGAAUCCAAAAAAUGAGUGGACACUCUAGCUGGUCGAGAAUUGGCUCUCGCGAGUAUGGGGUCGUUUACAAGAGCUAUUUAUAGCAAAAAAAAAAAUUGGCAUAUGUUAUUUAUUACCAAUAAAGCUAGUAAUAUUAAGGUCUCGGUAAAGGAAAACGAGGUGCCCACUGAAAAAAAUUCUAGUCGCGCGAGUAUUUUCGCUACAAAGGAAAGUUAUAUAUCAAAUUAAAGCUAAAAGACUAAAUUACCUUAUAAAAGAUUUUAUUUCAUCGAAUUUCAAAAGGCGCUUAAGUUUUUUGCUCUGGAACUCAGAGGUAUCGAGUUUACUGCUGAAUCUCCAGCCCUUUCGCGUUGUUAAAUAUUAACUUCCUUUCUACGGCAUCUGAUUAACAGAUAAAAGACCUAAAAAUGGGUGUGAAUAAUUUUCCGAUUUCCCUUUGUAACUCAUUUUAUGUCAGUUUCUUUGCGUAAAUCGCGCUCGAGAUUCGACUUUUUAGUAUGAAAUGCAAUAAUUCCGCUAAUACGAGACAUAUGCAAAUUUCCUCACACCCUUUUUUAGGUCUUUUAUCUGUCAAUCAGAUGCAAUAAAAAGGAAGUAAAUUGUAAAUUGUAAAUUGUAAAUAUCUUAUUAUCCACUCCCCACAGGGCUUUUCAGGGAUAAUUUACAACACUGGUUGGGGGACUUUGCCAGACUGCUUAAGGUGCAGUUUACAAGUACUGAAGGAAUGAGUAAUGAUGCCCCCAUACAUGAGUGUGAAAGUGAGAUACACCACUACACCGGGCACUACGUGCCCUACUCUUUACGAAGAGUGUGUGGGUUCUUUAACGUCCCACAGAUUUAUUACAUGUGCAAGGGCUUGUGAGACGGGGCCUACGGAUUAUCGUCCUUAUCCGAGAAGACUAGAAAGUCUAACCAUUUACAGAUGUUAUUACAAAGGCAGCACUUUCUCCUUAGUUAUUUAAAGACCCUGAGUGUUGGUCCGGCCGGGGUUUGAACCUACGGCCUCCCGCUCAGCAGACCGGCGCUCUCCCAACUGAGCUAACCGGGCGGCGGUUAACAACGCGAAAGGGCUGGAGCUUCAGCAGUAAACUCCAUACCUCUGAGUUCGAGAGCAAAAAACUUAGGCGCCUUUUGAAAUUAGAUGAAAUAAAAUCUUCUAUAAGGUAAUUUAGUCUUUUAGCUUUAAUUUGUUAUAUAACUUUCCUUUGUAGCGAAAAUACUCGCGCGACUAGAAUUUUUCUGUGAGCACCUCGUUUUCCUUUACCGAGACCUUAACCAAGGGUUGGGGUGUGGGGGCGAGACAGAUCAAAACCCUCAUGUCCAAAGCUGUGCUUUGCUUUUUCAAGUGAAAGAAGCUGAAAAAGUGUCUGAUCAGUUUGCGCUCUAUGCAUUCCUCUCCUUCUUAGGGGAAGUCCAAACGAAUGCUGGCUGCCUACCUGCCGCGCAUGCGGGCUUUUCUGGUCGCCCGCAAUAAGCCAUUUUCGAAUGUUAGGUUUAGUUGACAUUAGAAUAAUUAUGGUUUUUGAUUCAUACAAUACAAUAGUUUAUUGACACUCCCCUGGUGGAGCUUUUCAGUGACAAUGCGACUAAAAAAAAACUAAUUAAGAUAAGAGAAGUAGUUAACAAUUCGAUUAAAGGAAAGAAUGCGGUGAACAAAGCAAUAUAAACAUACCUAUUUAAGAAUUAAUCGUAUAAUAAAUAUUCUCACUACGUACUAUACAAUAUGCAUAUUUUAAGUUAAAAUAAAAUAAGAUACUAGUAAGAUACUAAAAUACUAUCAUAACGUGCUAUUUAAAAAGUCAGUAAUCAACUUAUUUUUCAGACAAAAUUUAAAAGUAGAAAUCGAUUUUGCAGUUUUAAGAGUACUGUCUAGAUUGUUCCAAAUGUGCACCAUGCGGUAGUGGAAUGUUCUCUGUCCGGUACUCGACUUAUACAAGGGGAUGUUUAAUAAUUGGCAACUUCGAGUCACGCGCCCGGUGACCGCAAUUCUUGUUGUAAAUUGAUCGCUGAGGUAAUGUGGAACUUGACCAGUCAUGCAUUUAAAUGCUAUGAGAGCGUCGCGGAAGAACAGCUUUUGUUUAAUUGGAAACCAACAUAGAUCUCUUAGUGCGGGGGUUAUAGGAUCAAAUUUCCUGGUACCUGUAAUAAUGCGCGCGGCAAAGUUCUGCACUGAUGUACUGUAGUCUACAGAUAUUUUUCAUAAUACUUGUUUUAUUAGAUGUCAACGAGUGCAUCUCCUUGCCCUGUGACCCAAAUGCCUUUUGUCUAAAUCUGCUUGGGUCCUUCACUUGCACGUGUAAUCCUGGAUAUACCGGGAACGGACAGUCUUGUACAGGUUAGUGUCGUAAUUUGCCGCAAUCUUUGGUUGAAGUAGCCAACUUGUGGUUCUUUUGUUCUCUACUAGACCCCCCCCGCCACCUCCCCCCUCCACCCUGCUUUCUACUUUUUUCUCCACCCCAGACACACUGCACUAAGCCUCUCGCCUCGUUACUGUUCGUGGUCACUCAGGCCUCGACGACGACCGAAGAACAACUCUAAUUUAAUGUAUACUGAGAUUUAUGAGGUGAAAAUGGAUUCAAUGAAAUGUAGACAUUUACACUUUUAUCCGCACAUGGCCAACCUUUUUUUCGGGAGAUCUACAGGAGAAAUUUAACCGUCAAGCGUAAAAAGUUCUUUUUUUUUACCGUUAACCGUCAAAAAUGCAGACCAUAAAAAAAGUUUCAAGGAAUUUCAAAUAUCACUAUUACAAGACACUACCAGGCCACACAACUUGCACAUAUCUGAAAACAGUUCUAAAUUUUACUACUGAAAGGCCAAGACAACCCCCAAAACACAACAGUUAAUAUUAAUUUAUACAGAAGUUAACAUUUGGACUAAAUUUCCACUUAUCAACCGUUAACCGUGGAAAACUCUAAAGUUUAAUCGUCAACAGUCAAAGUUGGAAAAAAAUUACUGUCAACCGUCAAAGCUAUCACCCCAUUGAGACUCUCUACAGAUUAACAUUUCACCUCGACGCUGGAGGUUGAGUUAAGACGUUUAGCUAUAGAAAAUCUUGUUUUAUGAAUCAUGAUGGCUUUGUUUAUUAGAUAUCAACGAAUGUAUGUCUUCCCCCUGUGACCCCAAUGCCGCUUGUCAAAAUACCAUGGGUUCCUUUACAUGUGCGUGUAAUCCGGGAUAUACUGGAAACGGACUAUCCUGCACAGGUGACAUAGCAUAACAUUAUAUUUACUUCCAACAAUAUUGACAAGAAUAUUGAAACGCAGUUUAAUCUAAUAUUUAUUUAAUGAUUUUUGGUUCAGAAGCAAAAAUCCCGAGACCAAGUCGAGGGAAACGCAGAAAAUAAAACUAGCCGGUUUCUGAACGACUUGGUACUGUUAAGUGUUUUUUGUUAUAUUUCUAGACUUUCACUUCAACAGCGCCAAAGAAUAACCGGAGCGAAUCAAAACAGUCGACUCGGUUCUUAUAAGAACACAAAUGUAAUUCUCAAAACCACUGAAUGAAUGAUUUACAAAGUACUUUCCUUAUAUUAUCUGCGUCUUUUGCCUCCACUAGCUGCUAUUUCUCUUCAGGGAUAACUUUGAAAAUCGUUGGUUUUUAGCUUGAGGCUUCAUGUUUGUGUUGUGGACCCCUUGUUGUGUUCAUCCUCGAAAGUGAAAACUGGCAGUGGUUUCCCCGCCUUCACGCUACUAUCCACCAUGAUUGAUCGCGUGCUGUAAUGUAUCCCGAGCGGGGUAGAAUUGCUGAAAUGCAUCACGAUCGGGAUACAUUUGAAUUUAGUCAAGGCCAUGUGACCAGGAAUCAAGAAUCGGCAGUCCCUGUUUAGUUAAGUGAAAGUCUAGGAAUAUAACAAUGUUUAUUGAUUUUAUUUUUUAAACCAUUAGAUAUCAAUGAGUGCAUGAAUUCACCCUGUACACUGGACGAAAAAACGGAUUUACUAAUGUUUGCGAAAGGUGCAAAUAUGUGGUAAAUUUGGAGCUCCAAAUUUGCAUUAAAUUUGCGCUGUCGGCUAAAGUGUGGGCAAAUACAUAUAUUUGCUAGAUACGUAUUGAUACGCAAAAGUGAAGUAAAUGUAAUGGUUUGAUACAAAUUUGAUACAUAUUUGCAGCAUGGGCAAAUCUUCAACAUUUCUACCAGUUUACUCAAAUUUACAUCCUUGGCAAAAAUGACAGUUUUCACUUUACUUCAAAUGCAGGCAAAUAUAUUGCAAAACCACUAAUUUGCAGUGGUAUUUGCUCUUGUUUUUCCAGGAUACCAAAAGAACACUUUUGCAUGUGGUUUACUCGUAUUUGCCUUAAGAGCAAAAACAAUAAAUUUCUAGACAUUUGGCUGUAUCAUAAAUUUGCACAUUUGCAUCAUAAUUAUCCAUAUUUGCAAGGGGAGCAAAUAGAGUGAGCUGCAUAACAUUUGCUGACAGUCAAAGGUGAUGUGCAUGUGACAUUUCCUAUAUGUUUGAUCCGUUUUGUGACUAAAGUAAAUUUCCAAUCUCAACUGUAACAUUACAUUGUUACAAUAAAAUUUUGUACACGCUGUGAGACUCCGCCCAGGGGUCCAACCCCUUACAUGCAUCUUUCCUGUUAACUGUUUUAUGUGCACUGUCAUUUUAAUAUAAAGGAAUCAGAAACCAGUUAAUUUUUUUUGACAAUUUUACAUUCACAAAUUUCUUCUGUUAGUCUUUUUACAGAACGAAAUGACAGAUAGUCUACCCUGUCAUAUACUUUAACUCAGGAAAUCCCUAUCCUUUCAUACCUGAAGCAUGAAAAAGGUGUCCCUUUCUGACAGCGCCCCUGGCAUAAACCUUUCCCGGGCUACUAAUUUAAAGCAAAUACACUAAUUCAAAUCCACUCGUUAUUAAGGUCCAGUAGUCAGAUCAUUGAUGCACUGUAUUUCCUACGGUCAGGGCCAUAGCCAGUAUGAGGCAAACCGAGGCACUUGCCUCUGUCAUUUAAGGUUUGAUACUGGCAGUGUUUUGUUUCAACGUAGUCAUCAUAAAGACCCUGAAUAGCUAAUACAUAUACUGCAGGGUUCUUUCUAUAUUUCCGACAAUAUUUAUACUGAUUCUAGAAUAUUAGGGGCAUAUAUCAUACCGGACUUAUUUGUUGUAGUUUUGACUGACCACCUAGAGAUGACUACAUCUCGAUGGUGGGCUUCCUAAAAAUGACCACAUUUUGAAAACUCAACAGCCAAUACUACAACAAAAUAUGGUGAAACUGCUCACAAUUUUAUUUGAACAUUAACUCAGCUGACAAAUUUAUGAAAGGCUAAUUUUUCUUACUCUAUUGUUUGCAACCCUGAGUUUAAGUUUCACUGAUUUUAAUGCUGAUUUGAGUUUUACUGUUCAUUAAGUACUACCUAUUCAAUCCAAAAAGUCAUAGCAUUUCGGCUGGCUAAAAUUCACCUGAAGCCUGGUUAUUUGAACUUGGGAUACAAGGAGGAUCUACGGGAGCUACCGGUCAAAUUGUCAAAUCCUACCCGACCCCCCCCCCGCCCCAUAAACAAUGAACAGACCUUUAUUGGGUUACAGGAUCACAGGAGCUCUGAGUUAGCCUUAGAUCAUGAAAAGUAUAGAGCUAUAAAGAAAAAACUAAGGUGGUGAAACAAAUUAACAUGCAGCCUUUAAACUUCUGGACUGGGUUGCUCAAAGAUGGGUUAAGAUAACACAAGGUUGGGUCCAGUGGUCAGAUCAUUUACUGCAUUUUUUGUACAUCAUACUAAAAAAUCAAAUUUGGUCCAAAAUAAAAACUUUUGUGGAUUUCAAACUCAGUGUUGUGAUUAUUCACUUGUACAUAAUUUCCUCAUGGCCAUUUAACCAACAAACUUAAUUCAAUUUAAAACCAACAAUUUUAGUUUAACCGGUAUUUGUUGUAGUUUUGACUGCCCACCUAGAGAUGACCACAUCUCGAUGGCCGGCUUCCUAAAAAUGACCACAUUUUGAAAACCCAACAGCCAAUACUACAACAAAAUAUGGUGAAACUGCUCACAAUUUUAUUUGAACAUUAACUCAGGAGCUCUGAGUUGGCCUUGGAUCAUGAAAAGUUGUAAGCUAUAAAGAAAAAACUAAGGUGGUGAAACAAAUUAACAUGCAGCAUUUAUUAUCCGUCCAGGCUGGGUUGUUUAAAGCUGGGUUAAGAUAACCCAAGGUUAGUACGAAAUAUGAAUUCAGAUAUGACAGUUUUAAAAACAAAUUCAUUUGAAUUCCUUUUGUCUACAAUUUGGUGAUUUGAUACUUAAAAAAAAGGGAAAAUUAUCUGACAAAAUGCUUUUGAUUAAAAGGAAAAAGAAACGAGGUUAAAAUCUAGCACUGGGUUAGUGCUAAUCGGUCUUUGGAACAACUGGGCCCCGGGUUUUUUGGGUCCAAUUCUAAAUCACAUAACCACUUGAAGUGAGUCAAUAUUGGUACAUAACCUGGGCAUGUGUUACAUUCCCCUUCUGUCAUUUGAUAAUAGUAAAGCCUAGGGUCGCACAAUGGGCAGGGAUCUCCAAUUACUAAAACUAAAAAUUCAAAAUGACACAGUAACUGUUGUAUACAGUUACAGAGGGCCCACACUACCUCCCCUUUACAUUAAGUAAAUACACUACAACAAAUCUACUGGACAAAGGUCCAGUAGUCAGAUCAUUUACUGUAUUUUUUCUACAUCAUAAUAUUAUUAUUAAAAAGCUAACAAUAACAAGGCCACCCACAGUACCUUAAGUUUGUUAAAAAAAAAAAAAAAAAAAAAGGUUCUGUGCAUUUCAAAGUCAGGGUUGAGAUUAUUCACUUGUACACAAUUUCCUCAUGGCCAUUUAUUCAAGAAAAUUCACAUCAAAACUGACAAUUUUGUUCUUACCGCUAUUUGUUCUAGUUUUCACUGACUAUACCUAGAGAUGACCACAUCUUGAUGGUAAGCCUCCUAAAAAUGGCCACAUUUUGAAAGCCCAACAGCCAAUAUUACAACAAAUGGUGAAAUUGCUUUGUAUUUCAUAUCAUUUGUGAAUAGAAACUCAGCACAGACAUGAAUGAAUAAUUUCUUUGCUGCUCUUUACAACCCUGAUUUUGAGUUCAAUAUGAUUUGUCUUUUAAAACAUAAUAUCUGAGGCAUAUUUCUUAAGCUAUAUGUCAGUGCUAGUGAGCAGUCAUGGACUGCUGUUUUGAAGGGGCAUCCGAUAGCAAGAUAGCCUUUCCAAAAUCAAUGAGCAUUGGGUGGUACAUAUUGUUUACCUCUGUAAGAAUAAUGUUGUCACUCUUUAUAUCUCUGUGGGGAAACCUGUAUGAGUGCAAAUGUUCUAUAGCUUCACACAAUUUCAGUACAUUAUGUUCCUGCAGAACACUGUGAAAGGGACAUGGAUUUCCUUAGCAGGGCACCGCACAAAGAAAAAGAAAAAUAAUAUUGUAAAGAUGGUAAAAAUAUAACCCAAUUAAGGAAGUACAUGUGAGGUUUCUGUUUUGUGACAUUUACCCCAAACAGAUGGGGUAUUGAUGGAUGCCAGCAUUCAGUAUAUAAGCUUCAAUUCUGUCAUCUUGUGAAGUGGAAAAAAUGAUUACUGUAAAUAAAUUGAGACCCACUGGAAUACCCCUGUAGCAUUUCUUCAUGCACAGACCACAAACAGCUUCCCCAUAUUGAACCUGUAUUUCAUUGACCUCUUUAUCUUUUGGAGAGUUCAGGUGAUGCAACUCAAUUUCAAGAACAUUGGAAAUAACUCCAGUACCACUCAAGGAAAAAUCUGAAACAAAUACACAAAAAAGUCACUAAACCCACUAAAAAUAACUGUUAAUUCUACCUUUAUUGAUAAUAUUGUGAAAUUAAAUGAAUUGUGUUACUUGUGUUGCCAUUAUCUUUAUGAACAUUAUAAAUACACAUGUGGCACAUUUUAGCAUUUUUGACCUUUUGACUCAGCUUAAAUGUACAGCUGUAUCAUUAUAAACUAUUAUAAACAAAACAACCUUGUAUAUGAAAACAUGACAAAACGAAACAGAAAAAAAUGACAGUAACGUACAGGGCGCAAAGAAAGUCAUUUUUACAGCUUGCCAUUCGGGCAAGCUGAAGCUAACAUUUACUAGCCCAAACGUCAUUUCAACUACCCACAAAAUUUUUGAUUUAACAGUUCUUCUGUAAGGUGAAUUCCUCAAACUGCAUUGUACUUGCCCGUCGGGCAAGUGAAGAACAGAAUUUACUAGCCCGAUAGCAAAAUCCGCUAGCCCCGGGCUAUCGGACACUACUUUCUUUGCACGCUGAACGUAUAUAAAAUAAAGGCUCCACCCUACCCCUGUCAAAAUCAAUGGUACAAGUACAGGUAUUACGCUCAAUAUGUCAAUAUAGCGCCAGAGGUAGUAUAAAUUACUCAAGCAAUUAAUCUUGAGCUACUUCUGCCAAAUACCAAUAAAUUAGCAUUUUAACAUUGCAUAACUACAUAUUUUGCUGACUUAACACCACUUAAAUUUUUCAACAAGGCUUUUUUCAGCUGGAUCACUACCACAUACACGCACGCGACACGCGUGCUCAUACAUGUUACAAAUGUAAAUAUGGAUGCAAAUGUAGUUUAUUCCCGGUUAUAACAUAGAUGUGGCAGUAGAAGCACGAUAUACAAAGCAAAAUACAUCGACUUUACCUUUUAAAUUUCGAACAUCCUUGAGAAGAAAUCCAGCAACAUAGGCAAUCUCUUCCUCCCGCCAAAUCGCCAAAAGACCGCGCGCCCGAUUUCCCAAGCAUUUGCGCCUGAGUGGUGCUGGUCAGCGACAGUCUGCAUAAGGUAGGUACGUGGUGUAAGCAUCAUAUAGUGGUUCCCCGUUAGCUAAUAUAUGGAAUACAUUUCUCUCAAUAGCUUUACAUAGCCCUACAUGAUGCUUACACCACGUACCUACCCUGCAUAACCGUUCGAGAACGAGGCACAACAAUUGAAAUUCGUCGACCGUUAACGCGUUCCACUGCCAUCGAUUUGCCAUCAGCUUUUACUUCGUACGUUUAACGCCAUAUUUAUCAAGAGGUUUCGAAUUUUCCUUCUUUGUGGGGUUGACUGUCGAGUAUGGAGGAAUCGGCCAGUCUUAUUUGUUCGAAUUUAUCGAACGAAUGUGUCCUCGAAGAACUUAUAAAAAUAAUCGCUCGAACUCGAGGGAACUGCUUACUUAUUAUUAGAUCCUUCGACGAAAAUCCACCAUGAAAGACAUCUAGAUAGCUCCAUCGGCGACGAUCAAGUAGUAACGAGUGGAUCCAAGAAAAGCAGCCGUUAGUACUUAGUAAAUAGACUUCGGUGAAUCGAUGCUGUUUUAAUUAGCAGACAUUGUAAAACUAAGAAGAGGCAGGAGAAAUGUUGAGGACAAACAAAUGCUGAGGGAGCAACUAAUCGGGAGUAAAAGAAAUGCUCAGUAAGUAUAAGAAAGUUCGUUGUUACUGUUAAGCCGCUAAUGAUGCUAUUUGAUAAUACCUACAUUUGCAUUCCAAUAUUCAGUAAUCAACAAGGACCACCCCUACUCCUGAAACUUUAUUUGUCCUGUUGUUGUAAAAAAUACUGUAAUCUUUUGUUUGGUUGUUCUCUUCAGAUAAAUGGUCUUGGAAAAUUUAAUAAGAAUUGAAGCAAGCGUUAAUUCCCCUCUAUUAGGCCAAAAUUAACCUUAUCCUCAAGUGCCUACUUUCUCCAAAGGCUUUUCCAAAAUUUAAAAGGGGAGUAGAGGCAGUGACUGCCAUGGUGCUGAAAACAUAGUGUAGCUAGAAUUUAGAUCAUGGUACCCUGCUUUCACUGAUUGUUUUUUAUGAUCACCCCAUGUAAGGGAUUCUGGAAUCCGGGAAAUUUUUGCUUAUGGAAUCCAGAAUUCGGGCAAUUUUUGUUACGGAAUCCUAAAUUCUGAGCUUUGAAACCUGAAAUACAAGUCAAACGAUUGGAAUCCAGAAACCAAGUAAUCCACUGAAAAAGGUUCCGGAAUCCGCAGCCUGGAAUCCAGAAUCUAAAACUGUCUUGGAUUCUCUCAUAUGAGGCAAUUAUAGUAUACCGUAUUUAUUCGAAUAAGCGCCCAACCUCGAAUUAGCGCCCACCUCGAAUAAGCGCCCAUCCCAAAGGCAGAAAAAGUUAAUAAGCGCCUAGCCUCGAAUAAGCGCCCACCCCACCCCACUCCCUCCCACACAAACUCAAAUAAGACAUAAUAAGAGACCCUCCCGAAGACGGAGUUUUCUUCAGAGUAUUUUACAGAUUGGGCUGAAACCUUGCUUUGUUACUUCUUCGCUUUUUGUUAUUACCAUUUAUUAUUUUGUAGCAAAAUAAACAUACUACACUUGCUAAGAAUGGCGAAAAUUUAAUAAGCGCCCAGCCUCGAAUAAGCACCCACCUCGAAUAAGCGCCCACUAUCAAGGCCCAAAAAUUUAAUAAGCGCCCAGGGCGGUUAAUCGAAUAAAUACGGUAAUUAAACUUUUGUUCCCAAGAUACACUGUAAGUGAUGGCAAUAUUGCAGAAGAAGCAGGUUCAUGAAGUUUUAAGUAAUAUGUCAAUAAUGUUGUUAUGGUAGUGAUGUAGUGGGACACUCACUAUAAAAUUAAUACAAUGAUUUACCUGGAGUCAAUUGUCUUGUUACAAAAGGGUUUCUCGCAUUCAUUUUUUCGUUUUGUUUUUGCUCAAAGAAGGUCUUAGUUUUAACAGGUACAGUGUAAUCAGGAUUAUGAUGACCGCUUGGGGUUAGAUUUGAGACAUGAAAGUUACGAGCCAGCAAUUUGUUUAAACUAGUUAAUUUUGAUAUCAGUUAACUCAGGAAAUAAGUAAGUUUAGUCACCUAGUGUGACGGAGCCAGUAAUAAUACAUGUAAUAUCUAAUAGCAACCUUUUUUGCUAUAAAAGGCUAGAAUAUUUAGACAGAAAAGGACAAUAGUAUUUUUCAUGACAAGCAUCUACAGCUUUAGUUUCAAUAUUAAUGGUCUCAAUUAUGUAUAAUUUCUGUUUGUUGCAGAAAAAGCUGAAGAGACAACCCUUUUCCAGUCAACCUCUAUUUCGAAGAAGGAUUGUUGUAAGUUCAAAGCUUGUAUAAUUGUGGAGUACAUGUCUUCAGAGCAAGGCAAUACAGACCAAGGAGAUGACAAAUCCGAGAAAAGUGCUUUGCAGGAGGCCUCUAGCAUGGAGGAGUCAACAACGUAGCCUGUAAAAACCUCUUUGCCAAGCUGAACAGUAAAGCAAAAUUAAAACAGUCACAUGUAAGCUUGUCAUUACUCAAUGACGAUAGUAAGGACGAAUGGCUUCUCCUCAGAGCAGGAGGCACCAGAUAAUGCUCCUGAAUUUGCUUUGUGAUAAGGAAAUAUAAGUUAAUCCAAGGCUCUUAAAGAAAUUCCAGAUUAUUUAUGACUGGUCAUACUUACAGGUACAUGUACAUGUAGCUCUGCAAAUACAGUAAUCCUUUAAUCACUCUCUGUUUAUGACACUGUUUUUUAGAAAAAGAUAAAUCUGUGUAAACAGUACAAAUCCUGAUGGUGUUGAUUUGUCCUGAGAAUUCUGGUGGCAGGUAGAUCAAAUUGGUUGAUGUGAUAAAUUUUUCAUUAGAAUCCUUUGGCUAUUGUUUGCAAGUAAUGUACCAGUCAGCAGGUUAAAAAAGCCAAUUUAUUAAUGUACACAUGUUUCUUUUAAAUCUGUUUGCUUAACUGCAGGCAUUUGAGUUCUGCUGGCACCACUUCACGGUACAUUUGUACCGAUUACAGCAAUUGCAACUGACCUGCUUGAACAAAAAAACAAAACAAAUUUAGGUACACCCUGCUUUUUGUCAUGAUUUAUUACAGAAUUUUGCAAAGGAUUGCAACAUGACCCAAGAAAAAGAGUAAUGAGAGACAGCAGUGUAGUUAUUUUGCAGGCUAGCCAGAUCAACCUUUUGUACUACAUGUACAUGUAUACUGAGUUUAAAAUAAUUAUUAGCUUCUUUCAUUGGGACCAACUACAGUGACAAUGGUAAUGUUGACAUGCUGUGGAAUACUUAUAGCUGGUCAUUACUUUCAUGACCCUCAAUUUUCUUAGAACGGGGCAAGUACUAGAAGCUCCGGCUGGUACUUCCUCUAAGAGCAUAUCCAAUACUAUACAGGAACCAUUAGCAACGAAAAUGAAGUUAAAGAAGUCUGAUCUGAAUUUGAAUAGCUAUAUGUACCUAAACUAUUUCUUAGUUUGCUAAAUGCUAUAACACAGUUGUUAUACCAGCAAAAAUUGUAAAUUGGUAGCAAGAAUUAGGCCUUUCAUGCUAAUAGAGCCUAAAGGAAAAAAUGCCACCAGAAUCAAAUUUUGUUUAAUCUGUAAAUAGCAAUAAAUACAAAAAUACUAAUUAUUUAUUAAAGUGGGUGUCUUGAGGGUUCCAUUUAGUUGAAACAGGAUUUGGUCCUUAGAUACAAAAGUUUAAGUAAGAAAUAGUCUUGUCACAAGUAAAUAUUGGUCCAAGGGUGAAAGGAUUUUUAACCUGUUUCUGAGUUGCAAAAACCUAAAGAACUGAAAUAGGUUUGAGGCAACUCUGAAACACCUACAGCUGUAUGUAGAAUAUCUUACACAUUUAGAUGAAGAACACUUUUCUUAUAAUAUUAAUAGUUAGUAAUGAUCUGAUAGAGCAUAGAGUGGAGACAAGUAAACAUCAACGAACAGUAAAAUUGGGAAUUAAUAUGAAGAGCUGUAUGUACAGCUUUAUACUGUAGUUUGUAAUGUCUGUAAUAAAUGUAAGCCACUUUGGUUUAUGGAAUAAAUCAUUUGAACAUUAAUGGGAGGUCACUGCUAGAAUUUCUUUCAGUAACUUUAAUGUUUGAUUAAUUAUGGCCACUUGUUAAGAAACUGAAGUGAGCCAUAUUAUAAUUUAAAAUAUUUUUAAAAUUUUAUCGCAUUUGCUACAACCCAAGCAAACUCAUUUAAACCUUGGAAUUUACAUUUGCUACUGGAGAAAACAUGCUCAAUUUUAUGGGUUUGAUGACAUUUGUCAACCAAAUUAAAGAUAGAAUUUGAUUACAUUUGCUACCUGAGCGAAAAAUUGCACAAUACUAACAGUUUGAUCAGAUUUGCUGCCCAAGCAACUUUGUUCAAAACUUGACUUUUGACCACAUUUGCCGCUACAAGCAAAAUUUUGUGUUUGAUCAAAUUUGCACACCCUAGAAAAUUUGUUCAAAGUUUAGGUUUGCUAACAUUUGCUUCGUGAGCAAACAUGUUUAAUACAAAGAGUUUGGUUACAUUUGCCAUGCAAAGCAAUCUGGUUCAAUUAUGAAAAUUUGAUCACCCAUGAUAACCCAAGCAAACAUUGUUCAAAUUAGAUACUUCGCUCACAUUUGCAAAGCUGCGUAAACGUUCUGAAAAUAACAGGUUUACAUGCUUUUACAUCUAAAGCAAAAGCUGUGCAAAACAGCAGAUUUGCGCUAUCAUUUGCGUAAUGUGCAAAUAUAGUUCAAAGAAACAUAUUUGCCUACACAUUUGAACCAUCUGCAAAUGACCCUCAAAUCCAUGGCUGCCCAUUAUCUUUGCACCAAGAUGUAAAUGUUGUGCAAAUGUGGCAUUUACCGUCAUUGCUACGGAUAGCAAAUCUAGUGCAAUAUCAGUCUUUGCUCUUGCGCAAAAUUGUGCAAAUGUGGUAUUUGCUACACAUUUACUGUAAUUUGGCUACCCUAGUAAAUCCAUUUUUUCGUCCAGUGGUAGUGCCUCUGCCGUUUGCCAAAAUACCGCUGGUUCCUUUAGCUGCACCUGUCAAGCCGGAUUUACUGGAAACGGAUUAAUAACCUGUUUAGGUGACGUAAAAUAUUAAAAAUAGAAAUAGAAAUAGAAAAGUGCUCAGGAAUGGAGUUAUUCCCUGUUCAAACGAAUCGAGACAUUUUUGAAACCGCAAUUUUUUUCUUCCCCCAAAUCGGCCCUCUGUCUCAUCGGCGGAAACCAGUGAAUCUGCUCACCAAAAACUAUUUAAUCUGCAACCGCUCUCAAUUGCAACAUCGAGUGGUUUAUUAAACCACGUUCACACGAAUCCAGGUAAAAAGAUACACGGUUUCAAAACUGUCCUGAUUCGUGUGAACGGGACCUUAAGAUGGCUCCUUUGAAAUUCCACUGAGCAAAGAUAUAACAGAUCAGAAAUGCCGAGUUUGGAUCAGUCUGCUCCAUUGGACACGCGCGUUUGAAACGUCAAACUGCACAUUUGCCUGACCAGUCAGUAACGCGUGGGCAUCUUCGCUGACCCAGGGGUAGUCAGUCGGGUUGCCAUAAAAGGUAUGCUUUCGUCACGCCUGUUUCUGCCGACCCGAAUGACUGCCCCUGGGUCUCCGAAGAUGUAACGCGGGCUAAUCAACGAGAACUGAAUAGAUUUUGCUCAAGCUGUUUGCUCCUUGGCCUUUGGUUCAGUACAUAAGAAGUUCCACUUUCGACCCGAGUCUAAGGCACUAGUGUUCACACAAUAUAUACCGGAUGCUUUUUGUACCGACAGGAAAAGCUACCGUAAAAUUCCGAAAAUAAGCCCCUCCAUGUAUAAGCCCCUCUAAAUAUAAGCCCCCCAAAAUCGUAACGCAAAAAUCCCUCCGUUAAAUCGCCCCUCCAAAUAUGGGCUUGUAUUUGGAAUUUGCCCUCAAAUACAAAGUAAAACACAGUAAAAAUGGUUAAUUUCCUUCCCACUGCAAGCUAGCCCAAUCGAUUUUGAAACGCAAAUUUCCCUCCGUACAUAAGCCUCUCACAAAGGGCCUUUGAGAAAUAUAAGAUAUCUAAAGGUAUCUAAAGGUAUGUACACCAAUCCGCCAGUGAAUCCCCACUUUAAUGAUCGGCGCGGCCCCGUCAACAGAAAUCACACCGACAAUCACCAUUCCUGCACCAUUUUUAUGCUUGAACAGAAGCUCUGUCCGUAUGGCUUUCGUGCUGGCGCAAAAGUAUCCGGUUUAGUGUAGUGUAAACAUAGCCAAAUGCCAAAUCUGGCAUUUCAUGGCCAGAUUUGGUUGUUUUAUGCUCAAAACUGUUACCGGUAAUCCCCCAAAAAAAAAAAAAAAAAAAAAAAAAAAACUUGGUACUUUGCUUCAUUCAAGUUUUGAUUUGUUGCAACAUUAUAUAUUGAUACAUAAAGGUAUAUUAUAUGUACUUCUCUGAAUCACGAUGUUUUUUAUCAUUAAGAUAUCAACGAGUGUCUGUCUCCUUUCUGUGACGUAAACGCCGCCUGUUUGAACACUUUUGGUUCUGUUAUUUGCAUAUGUAAUCCCGGGUUUAAUGGCGACGGACGAACUUGCACAGGUAAGAUAAUUAUAAGAAUACAAAGAAAGUUGUUCAUUAAAAAUUAAUGUUUCACUGGUUCAAAAAAGGUCAUCAUCGUCAGUGCCUAAGGAAUAAAAUAUAUGUUAACGACAAAAGAAGUAAAGAUCAUGGAUAAUAAUUAGGAGUAAUUUAUGGCGAGUACCAAAUUGAUUAACUUAAAUUGUCAUCAUUUUCUCUUUAAUAUAAAAUGGUAAUUAUAGAUUUCCCAAAUCAUCGUCUUCUCUGGCCAGUUCCAUGCUAAUUACUACAUUGAGUUAUUAACAAUUGUUUUCCGAAACCACACCUUGAAAAGGGUACAUACAAGGAAUUCCAUGACAAACCCCAACACUCAAAUUAAUGGUAGACUAGAAAAAAGGAAAAACUAUUAUCAAAGAAAUGGCGGAAAAAAAAUUCCGAUAAGCUGCGUGGCACUUUAGAAAGUGAGUAAGAGAAUUUUCAAUAAAUUUAGAAGUAAUGAUGAACAAAAGUGCCGUGUUGUAGUUGGAGAAGUUCUUUCCAAACAUUUCGGGCCUGACCCUUCAUCAGUGGAGUUCCAAGUACGUUAAAAUCGUUGCAAGCUUUGAAAUAAAAAAAAAUAUUGAAUAAACUUUGUAGUGCGGGCGAGGCUAUGCGUGCGCAGUCUAGAGGAAACGGAAGAAGGAACAUGUAAAAAAAAAUGCCAAGAAACGGAAGGAAAAUAUCUGUUUAACCAUACCUGAUGACAAAAAGGUCGUAUUUAAACCUCAAAACGAGUUUAGAUUGUUAUCGAGUUGAUGCAUGCAUUACCGGGAAUUCCUGAAAAGGAUUUCGACGAUACUGAGACCUCUGAAAAUCUGAAGAUGCAUGUCCAUUCAUUUCUCACUAAACUUUUCAAGCCCCUGAUGAAGACUAGUUUUGUCUAGUCGAAAUAUUGGGCAAAUAAAUUUGUAAACCUUAGCUAUACUUCCGAUCAGCCUUGCCUUCAAUCUUAAAUGUUCAUUCAAGCCAGUGAUGGGGUAGAUUUCAUGGCAAUUCCCGAAAGAGCCUCCCUGGAGGUAUCAAAUUUUAAAGGUAAUGAUACUCCAAAAAUUCCUGGUAAGUCUCUGCUUGCAAGGUACAUUAUCUUUACUUGACAAUUUUAAUUCUUUGAUCUUUUUUUUGCAGCUAUUACAGUACCCACAACACCUCCUACAACAGGUGCGGCCAAAGUUGUUUGUGUUGUUUUCAGUUUCCCCAAAAUUGAAUCUAAACUUAUCCAUUUUGGAGUUCUGGGCCAAUUUUAGCGGCAAAUUUGAACAGUAGUACCAUUGGCUGGGAUGUUGAAUUCUGUCUUUUAUCAUCUGCCUUCAAAACCAUCACUGACAGUGUUUCAAACAAAGAGAAAACUGAAUAUUAUAAAAUGUAUUCUUCCCUCUCUCAGUUUAGCCCGAAUCCAUGCGCAUGAAGAAAACUCAGAGAGAACUUCUAGUAAAGUAGAAAACACCUUUUUACCGAUGGAGCUACCAUUUUUGCUUUUCAAAGUCAAUCUCUUUUUUUUUUUCGAUGACCGCUUUGGACUGGGAAUUAUACGCGAUAACAAACAUAGAAUUUUUCUCUGCUAUUUUGAUCGUUAAUAGUUUGAAAACUGGCCAAUGUAAUUUUUAUUACGCACUUUUUUUAAAUUUGCAGUGCCAACGACAGCACCUGUUCCAACCACAGGUGAGGACUAGAAUAAAAUUUCACCCUACCACAAAAGACAUAACCGUAUCUUUGCACACCAAGAGAUGUUUUUACACCCAGACCUUCAGAUCUUAUAAGAGGGUCGACCUCCCAACACCCCAUCUUCUAGAUCCCCUCCCUACAUGACAUUUCCAUUCCCUCUACUUCAAUUGUCAAAAAAACACGUUUUUUUCCGGAAAUUGUUGUUUUCCUGAAAAUUAUAAGUAAACUUGAUAACUAUUUUGCUCAUUUUUCUUUCCUCUUUUUUGUAAUCGUAAUGUUUAAUUUAUAUUAUAUUAGAUAUCGACGAGUGCCUCUCUUCACCCUGUGACGCCAAUGCCAUUUGUCAGAAUACCAUUGGUUCCUUCACUUGCACGUGUAUUGCUGGAUUUACAGGAGACGGAUUAUCCUGCACGGGUGAGAUUUAAAUGAAAACGAGUUAACUACAUGGCUUUUGUGUCGAAUUUUUAAAUAUCACUUUUAACAGUUGUUACUCGUGACUCUCCUCUUAUAUCAGCCUUUAUACUCAAAACUUGGAAAAUAUUUCCCAUCGUUAGAGCUAAGAAUAUUUAAACAAAAUCAUUAAUUCACCGCGGAAUGACAUAUAGACGCAGUCAAUCCACCAAAAAGGGCCAUAAAAAUCAUUAAUAAGAAUAAACAUUACUGGUAUGUUUGUUCGGUUAAGAUUUAAAUACAACAACAAAUUAAAUAAUAGCUUGCUAACAAUAUUGUAAUUACCUUUCUUUUUUCAGCAUUGCCCACUUCUGCAAGUAAGUGAUGCUGGAAUGCCCGGUUCGCACUGUUUUAACACCUUUCACCUUUCUGAUGCUAAACGUCGUGGACUUAUCCUUUAAAAAGAUAAUUUAAGGGAACGUCACCAUUAUAUUAAAAUCUGUUUUUGUGAAAUGCUCAACUUACGUUUUAAGGUUUUUGUUAUGCAAAGAAAUGAGAAAAAUGAAAGGACGGUUUUGCAGGUUAAUACUUACCAUUGUGUACAGCAGUAGUCUAAAGACCAGAGAGGUUACGCUAGGUGUCAACAGUCAGAGAAACGAAAGAACAACAACAACGAACAAUGAAAUCUAGCGCUUUCUAAUACACUUAAGAGAAAGAAUUUCAGAAAAUUGUAAUGAACGACUUAAUCAGUAGAUUUAAAGAAAUUUGCAUACACUUGGGGCUAAUCAUAGAGAUUAGCAAAUUGACAUUCUAGAACGUUCCUGUCCAAAAGUAGUAUCGUAGUAAAUGAGUUCUGAAAAGUUUUAGACGUCAUACCCAGUGCUAGUACUGGACACAGACACAAGAAACGGGUAAUUACGUACCCCUAUCCCGACAAUUUUUUGCUGUUGGACACUAGAUCUAGAGUGGGUAUCCUAUGCGAGGUUGAACAUAUUAAUAAGCCACUGUUUCUAUCAUAGUUGGAAAACUGGCCUUGAAUUUUUAAAUUGCAUUUUUUUAAUUUGCAGUGCCAACGACAGCACCUGUUCCAACCACAGGUGAGGACUAACUUAAAAUUUCACGCUCCCACAAAUGACAUAAAAAUAAAAUCUUUUCAUACAACACACCAAGGGAUGUUUUUACAUCCGAAUCUUCAGGGCGGGGAUUGUGGGAAAGGGGGAGGGUUGCUGAUCUCUGACCAAAACAAGUUAUGUCGGCACCACGACCCGCAAGCCUCGGGGAUUUACCGCAAAAGUAGUAAUUAAGAGGGUCGGCCCCCGAAUACCCCAUCCACUAGAUCCCCUCCCUAUAUGACAGUUCCAUUCCCUCCUCUUCAAUUGUCCAAAAAAUUCGUUUUUUUCCGGAAAUUGUGGUUUUCAUGAAAAUUAUAAGUAAAAUUGAUAAACUGUUUUGAUCAUUUUUCUUUCUUCUUUUUUGUAAUCGUAAUGUUUAUUUUAUAUUAUAGUAGAUAUCGACGAGUGCCUCUCUUCACCCUGUGACGCCAAUGCCAUUUGUCAGAAUACCAUUGGUUCCUUCACUUGCACGUGCAUUGCUGGAUUUACAGGAGACGGAUUAUCCUGCACGGGUGAGAUUUUAAUAAAACGGGUUAACUACGUGGCUUUGUGUCGAAUUUUUGAAACAUCAUUUUUAACAGUUGUUACUCGUGACUCUGCACUUAUAUCAGCCUUUACUCAAAACUUAGAAAAUAUUUUCCAUCGUUAUAAGUAAGAAUAUUUAAGCAAAAUCAUUAUUUCAUUGCUAAAUGACAUAUAGACGCCGUCAAUCCAUCAGAAAGGGCCAAAAAAUCAUUAAAAAGAAUAUUUAACAUUACUGGUAUAUGUGUUUGUUCGGUUAAGAUUUAAAUAUAGCAACAAAUAAUAACUUACUAACAAUAUUGUAAUUACCUUUCUUUUUUCAGCACUGCCCACUUCUACAAGUAAGUGAUGCUGGAAUGCCCUGUUCGCACUGUUUUAACACCUUUCACCUUUCUGAUGCUAAACGUUGCGGACUUUUCCUUUAAAAUGAUAAUUUAAGGGAACGUCACCAUUAUUUUUAAAUCUGUUUUUGUCAAAUGCUCAACUUACGUUUUAGGUUUUUGUUUUGCAAUGCCUUACGAGAAAAAUAAAAGGACGGUUUUGCAGGUCAAAUACUUACCAUUUUGUACAGCAGUAGGUUUGUCCGACCACAGAGGUUUACGCUGCGGUGAACAGUCAGAGAAAAGAAAGAACAACGACAACGAACAAUGAAAUCUAGCGCUUGCUAAUAAAAUUCAGAGAAAGGAUUGUAGAAAAUUGUAAUGAACAACUUAAGCAGUAGAUUUAUGGAAAUUUGCUUACACUUCGGGCCAAUAAUAGAGAUUAGCAAAUUGACAUUUUAGAACGUUCUUGUCGAAAAGUAGUAUCGUAGUAAAUGAAUUCUGAAAGGUUCCAGACGUCAUACCCAGUGCUAGAACUGGACACAAACACAAGAAACGGGUAAUUACUUACCCCUAUCCCGACAAUUUUUUGCUGUUGGACACUAGAGUGGGUAUCCUAUGCGAGGUUGAGCAUAUUAAUAAGCCACCGUUUCUAUCAUAGUUGGAAAACUCGCCCUGAAUUUUUAAAUUGCAUCUUUUUAAUUUGCAGUGCCAACGACAGCACCUGUUCCAACCACAGGUGAGGACUAGAUUAAAAUUUCACCCUUCCACUGAAAAGAUAAAAAUAAUAAUAGUAUGGUAGUAGGAUGAGUACUUUUUAAAACAUUCUAGACAUGAUAACAGUAGUAAUCUUGAAACAGCAAAACACUUCGCCCAUCCUGACGGCAACUUUUGUUGUUGUGAUGAGACUGGACUGGAAAUUUCUUUGUGAGGGUGAACAUAGUAUACGCCACUGUUUCAAUGAUAGUUGGAAAACUAGCAGACAUUGUAACAUGUUGUAGUUCUUAUUACAUCUUUUUCAAUUUGCAGUGCCAACGACAGCACCUGUUCCAACCACAGGUGAGGACUAGAUUAAAAUUUCACCCUCUCACUGAAAAGAUGUAACAUACCAAGAGAUGCUUUUACAUCAGUUUCUUCAGAUGGCGGGGGCGGGGAUGGUGGGAAGGGUGAUGAUCUCUGGCCAAAACAAGUUACCACCGUACGUUUGGUGCCACGACCCGCAAUCCUCGGGGUUUGCCGCAAAUUAAAGUAAUUAAGAGGGUCGGCCCCAGAACACCCCAUCUUCUACAUCCGCUUUCUACAUGACAUUUCCAUUCCCUCUCCUUCAAUUGUCAAAGAAACAUUAAGUCUUUUUCCCAGGAAAUUGUUUUUUUUUUUUUUUUUUUUUUUUUUUUUUUUUUUUAAUAAUUUUUUUAUUUAUUUACAACACAAGCACUACUUACAAAAUGUUACUUAACACAACUUACAGUGCUUACACUACUUACAAAACCGUACUCAUUACUUUUUUUACAUAGAAAGAAGAAAAGAAAGUUACAAUUACAAAUAUUGACGACUAUAACUUAAACUAAAGUGAUUACUAACAUAAUUUACAAUACUAACACUAUAAACACAGAGGCAACAGAAAAGUAUAAGAGGAUUAUAUAUAGAUUAAGUAUAAGUGUUUUUCUUUUUAUUUAGAAGGAUAAGUAAAGAGAACUGAACGGCCUAGACUGUAAUAAUAAUAAUACUAAUAAUAAUAAAGCGUUACGCGGUGCACAAUAUCGGUUUUCCUGAAAAUUAUAAGUUAAAACUGAUAAACUAUUUUGAUCAUUUUUGUAUUUUCCUUUUUGUAUUCGUAAUGUUUUUAUUUAUUAGAUAUCAACGAGUGCCUCUCUUCACCCUGUAACGCCAAUGCCAUUUGUCAGAAUACCAUUGGUUCCUUUACUUGCACGUGUAUAACUGGAUUUACAGGAGACGGAUUUACCUGCUUUGGUGAGAUUUAAAUAAAAACGAGUUAACUACAUGACUUUUGUGUCAAAUGUUUUUAAAUACGUUCCUUUUAUAGCCACUUUAGGCUUCGUUACGCUCUUUUUUUGUUCUUAUUGGAUUUGAAUUAAAGGCUUUUCUCUAUAAAAAUUUAGAGCAAAGCCCCUUUACCCACAGCGAACUAAUGCAAAGACUUCUUUAUGAAGCUGUGUUGUCCAUUAAGUCUUCAUACAACACCGCUGAUUGGUAGCUUUAUGCAAAAUCUGGAAAAGAUUUCCCAUUUUAAAAGUAAAAAAAUAUAUAUUAAAUAAGUCAUACUCAUUAUUUCAUUGCCGAAAAGAAUGAUAGACGCACUCAGUUUAUCUAAAAGGGCAACAAUUCAUUAAAAAGAAUAAAUAUUGCUUGUAUAUUUGUUCGUUUAGAUUGUUUCAAUUCUUAAAAUUUAAAUACAACAACAAAUAAUAGCUUGCUAACAAUGUUGCAAUCAACCUUUAUCUUUCAGCAUUGCCAACUACUACAAGUAAGUGAUGAUACUAAAAUUUUUGGUUCACUGUGUGAGUAACAGUUUUCACCUCUGAUGCUAACGUUGUGGACGUCCCCUUUAAAGAUCUUUAAAAAGAUCAUUUACGGGGACGCCUAUUCCUUAAAGCUGUCAAUUUUUGUCAAAUGUUCAACUUACGUUUUGGGCUAUUUUUAUGCGUGAGAGAAAUAGAAAGACGGUUUUGCAGCAGGUCAGUACCUACAAUUUUGUACAGCAGUUGUUUUUUCAGGUAAAGGUUCGUUGAGUCGACGACGUGUCGUGCAACACAAACUUCAUCACAUCAGGACAAAACAGAGAUUACUCUCCAAGCGUUUUCCGAUCAUUCCCCGAACAGAGGAAAGAAAUCAUAUCAACAACCCAAAAUGCAAUCUGCUCUUGCUAAACACACUUUAAAGAAAGGAUUCUACCUAUAAAAUUUUAAGGAAGUACUUAAUCAGUUGAUUGACAGAAAUUUACCAUUCGGACAGGAACCCAUAUGGGCUGGCCUGCUUUGGGUUAUAAAUAGGAUUAGCAAAUUGUUCUUCUAGAACUAUUUCUUUAAAAGUAUGGUAGUAGGAUGAGUACUUUAAGGUUCUAGACAUCAUAACAGUAGUAAUCUUGAAACAGCAAAACACUUCGCCCGUCCUGACGGCAACGUUUGUUGUUGUGGUGGAACUGGACUGGAAAUUCUUUGUGAGGCUGAACGUAGUAUACGCCAUGCACUGUUUCAAUGAUAGUUGGAAAACUGGCAGACAUUAGGAUUCUUAUUACAUCUUAUUCAAUUUGCAGUGCCAACGACAGCACCUGUUCCAACCACAGGUGAGCAUUGCAAUAAAAUUCUUCCUCCCACAAAAGGGCAUAAAACAUCUUGCAGAUGAGGUACCAGGGGACUUACAUCAUAUUGUGCAUUCCAGGGGGGGAGCAAUCAAGACCUUACGGAGGGGGGAUCGAAGAGGGUUUCGUCAUCUGAGACCGAAUUAUGUUGGCGCCUGGAACCCGCGAGCCUCGGAUCCGUUUGGUAGAAAUUUAAGAAGGGCAGACCCAGAGGCCCUUUAUUAUUGCUGUAAAUGUUAUUUUUCUUUUUAUUUAAUCGUAAACUUUUGUAUUUAACAGAUAUCGACGAGUGCCUCUCUUCACCCUGUGACCCCAAUGCCGUUUGUCAGAAUACCAUUGGUUCCUUCACCUGCACGUGCAAUGCCGGGUUUACAGGAGACGGAUUAUCUUGUACCGGUAACAUAAAAAAUCGUGUUAACGAUACGACUUUUAAGUCAUGUCAUUUUUAUUCAAUACAUAUCUUGUCCGCUAUCACCUAGUACGGCUUGUAGGGACUUCAUACUGACAAAAAUUAAUUAGAGACUUAAAAUUAGUUUUUAGACUACUUAUUACCCAAGUAUAUCAUGGGGACUUUUUAAGGUGACUGAUGACGAAGAUUAUGAAUAAGAUUUCAUCACUUUUUUUUCAACAGAUAUCAAUGAGUGCAUGAAUUCACCAUGUAGUACCUUUGCGGUUUGUCAGAAUACCGUUGGUUCCUUUAGUUGCACCUGUAAUGCCGGAUUUACUGGAAAUGGAUUAUCCUGUUUAGGUAACAUAAAAUCUCUAAUUUUACAUUAAUUGAAAUAUUAAAGUGCCCAGCCUUUGUAAUUCUUCCGUCCCUUAGGCCUUGGCCCGGGGGGGGGGGAAGGGGGGGCAUCUCGGGAAUUUUUGGUGGGGGUGUGCCUCCCGGUUCUCCAAAUGCUGACCCUAUUUUGGACCAAAAAUUGUCAUUUUUCACACUGGUUUUCAAACCUGGCUCGCCUCUAAAAUCCAUACCUAUUCUCAGACCUGGCCUUUAAGAAAUUACGUCAUCAUUACUUAGAUUAAAGCAGCAACAAAAAAGAUUUCCUAAAAUCCAUUUCGAAUUCGCAUAUCUCUCUUUCUUUCUUACACAUUUGGAAUUGAAACGGUAAAUACCUUCGUACACUCACGCAGUUCCCUUGAAAACCACACCCGAUUCCAGACCAAAAUGAGCAAAGUCUAUUCUUGUUUUCAGACCAAAGCGGUGCAAAAACCCAGGGGCGGUACAUAUCUAUAUAUAGGGGAGUACCCCCGGAGGGUCUCGGAGAAACGUCAAACUUCACAUUUCAGCCCAUGUCAGGUAAUCUGGAUUCCUGAAUCCUGGAAUUUUUUGCUUUUGGAAUGCGGAACAGUUUGCUCAAGGACCCGGAAUCCCGUGAACGCUGGGAAUCUGGAAUCAAAGUUACACUGACAAGGAUUCGGAAUCCAAUAACUGGAAUCGAAGUGAAGAGAAUCGGUCAUGUCGCCGGGUGCUCCGCACGUGCCGGUUUAAAACUCAAAACGUACUAAUGCCUUAUAUAGUAAACUAAAAUGAGUUAUGAGUUGUCCUGCCUUGAUUAGCAUUAUAGCUAUUUGCAGGACAUAAAGUAUUGCAAACUUUAUAAUUAUAUUUCUUUAAAUAAAUACAUUGCUGUUGUUGUUGUUGUUGUUGUUGAAUCUGGAAUCCACAGCGUGGAAUCAAGAGUGGCUAGACUGUCUUGGAUGAUCUUGCAUGGAGCGAUCUCAUUUGCCAAAUAAAGUUUUGAUUUAUUAUAUCGUUAUACAUUUAAAACUUAAUGACUGGUUCCGAGGAAAACAAAAUUAACUGUUUCCCGAAAGAACAGUCUUUAAGUGAAUUGUUAUAUAGCUGGAAAUUUUGAAACUGGAAAUUCAUUAAACCUCGCCGUCACGGAGGUCGUCGGUCAACAUUCGAGGGUAACAGUGCACUGUUACCCUUUGACGUCAUAGAUUUUGCGAUAUUGCCUGCUCAGAGAUUUUGGCGGGAAACAUUUUCAUUGUUAGAUGUCAUGUGACCUCGAAGUAACCAAUGAGAGCGCGCUGGGAAAAAAAAUCCAGCUGUAUAACAAUGAUAAAUAAGUAUCAUAUUCAUGCUUUCUGAAUCAUGAUGUUUUUGAUCAUCAAGAUGUCAACGAAUGUUCCACGUCUUCACCCUGUGGCGUCAACGGCGCUUGUUUGAACCUGUUCGGUUCUUUUCUUUGCAUAUGUUUCCCCGGAUUUAAUACCGACGGAAGAAAUUGCACGGGUAAGAUAUAGUUACAAAGAGAAUUAUCCACCAAAAUUAGUCCGUUGAUGAUAGAAACAAAAUGUUACAUUUAGUGCCUAAAAUAAAAACUAAUGAUAAAUAGAGGUAACGCAUGGGUUUCAAUUUUGUUGGGUGUAUUACGCAAAUGUUUAACGGCGACUUUGUUACUGGCGGUUAUGGUGGGACAUUUUUUUCCUUGUCCCUUUCCACGAUAUAAUUAACUUCAGUGCAGUGUUUCGAUAUGGUAUUAGCCGCCAGAUGGAGUUUCGUAAAGACACUCUAACUUUAGAGUCUGCGGACGAAAUCCUAUGAUGUGACCAUUCAAAUAAAAGCUCUGUGCCUGUACUUAUAUACACAUGGUGCUAUUUGUUUUUUCAAAAUUUCACAAAAUGAAAUUUUCAUGGGAAAUCUGGUUAAUUUUAAUAAACCGUGGUAGACAAAACGGGCGAAGAAGGGAGUGACUAGUACAGUGUACUUUUUUAUUUAUGUUCUUUCCUCUAUUCAUAGAUAUCAACGAGUGCCUUUCGUCUCCCUGUGACGUGAAUGCCAACUGCCUGAACACCAUCGGUUCUUUUCAGUGUUCGUGUAACGCUGGAUUUACUGGAGACGGAAUCACUUGCUCAGGUAUUUAAAAAGAAAUAGUUAUAGCUAAAAGAAUAGACCUUCCCCGUAUUCUUGGGCGUAGAGCCACCAAGGGGAGGGGGAGGUUGUGAGUGUUUGGGGGGUGGGGGGGGGGGGGGGUUGGGAGGCAAAUCAACAAAGUUUUGUGUGUUAUACAGGAUACAGGGAGGCUAACAGCUGGACUUCCCGAGGUCCCGUUUCUUACCCUUUUAUUUACCAUUUUCAUACAACUUUCAUCGCUAAAACAGGAAGUCUUCUUGUUCUUUUCGUGUAGCGUUUAGUAAAUUAAAAUGAUAUAGCCAUAGGGCGAGUUUUUCGAAACAUUUUAAUAAAAGGACCCUUUCAUAUACUAAAAAUAACUAGUGAAUUUCCAGUACCUGUUCGAUAUACCAGAAGCUUGAAAAAGGUACCUCUUACGAGUGGAGCCCCACCUCUGGGAUGUAGGCCAUUAUAGGGAGUGUCCCCUGGAGGGCUCAAUAAAGCCGGGGAAGGUCCAUUUAUACCGUACAAAGAACUAAAAAUAAAAGCCAAACCUUGCAACGAUUAUAACGUAGUUGUAACUCCACUGAUGAAGGGUCAGGCCCGAAAUGUUUCGAAAGAAACUCCAAGACAACAAAGCACUUUUGUUCAUCAUUACUUCUAAAUUUAUUGAAAGUUACUUUCUAAAGUGGCAUACGCAGCUUAUCGAAUUUUUUUCCGCUAUUUCUUUGAUGAUAAUUUUUCCUUUUAUUCUAAUACUAUUAAUUUUAGUGUUGGGGUUUGCUAUGGUAUUCCUUGUACCCUUUUCAAGGCGUGGUUUUCGAAAACAAUAGUUAAUAACUCAAUGUAUUAAUCAGCAUAGAACUGACCAGAGAAGACGAUGGUUUGGGAAAUCUAUAAUAACCAUUUUAUAUUAAAGAGAAAAUCAGGACAAUUAGGUAGUAGGUAAUUAGGUAUUUAAACCUCAAAACGAGUUUUAUAAUUAGAUUGUCAGCGAGUUGAUGCAUUGCUACCGGGAAUUCCUGCAAAGGAUUUCGACAAUACUUAGAGCUCUGAAAAUCUCAAGAUGUAUGUCCAUUCAUUUCUCACUAAACUUUUCAAGCCCCUGAUAAAGACUAGUUUUGUCUAGUCGAAAUAUUGGGCAAAUAAAUUUGUAAACCUUAGCUGUACUUCCCAUCAGCCUUGCCUUCAAUUUUAAAUGUUCAUUCAAGCCUGUUAUGGGGUAGAUUUCUUGGCAAUUCCCGAAAGAGCCUUCCUGAAAGGUAUCAAAUUCUAAAGGUAUUGGUACUCCAAACAUUCCUGGUAAGGCUCUGCUUGCAAGGUACAUUGUCUUUAGUUAACAAUUUUAAUUCUUUGAUCCUUUUAUUUUGCAGCUGUACCCACAACAGCUCCUACAACAGGUGCAGCCUAAGUUGUUUGUGUUGUUUUCAGUUUCCCUAAGUUGAAUCUAUUGGAAUUCUGGCCCAAUUUUAGCAGCAAAUGUGAACAGUAGUAAUAUUGGCUGGAUGUUGAAUUCUAUCUCUUAUCAUCUGACUUUAAAACUAUCACAGUAUUUCAAACAAGGAGAAACCUGAAUAUUAUAAAAUGUAUUUUUCCCUCUUUCAGUUUAGCCCGAAUCCACGAAUCCCGAAUCCCGAAUCCAAUCUAGUAAAGAGGAAAACAUCUUUUUACCGAUAAAGCUACCAUUGUUGCUUUUCAAAGUCAAUCUCUUGUGGUAUCACCCUUCACCUCAUGUACGCCUCAUUAUACGACGAUAUACACGGCAAACCACCAAUCCCCCACAAGGACGGAGUUCUUUUUCGAUGACUGUGCAUUGGACUGGGAAUUACAGGAGAUAACAAACAUAGUAUUUGUCUCUGUUAUGUUGAUAGUUAAUAGUUUGAAAGCUGGUCAAUGUAAUUUUUACCAUGCACUUUUUAAAUUUGUAGUGCCAACGACAGCACCUGUUCCAACAACAGGUGAGUACUAGAUUAAAAUUUCACCCUUCCACUGAAAAGAUGUAACAUACCAAGAGAUAUUUUUACACCCGUAUCUUCAGAUGGCGGGGGCGAGGAUGGUGUGAAGGGGAUGAUCUCUGGCCAAAACAAGUUAUCACCGUUUGGCGCCACGACCCGCAAUCCUCAGGGGUUUGCCGCAAAAGUAAUUAAGAGGGUCGGCCCCCGAACACCCCAUCCUCUACGUCCGCUCCCUACAUGACAUUUCCAUUCCCUCUCCUUCAAUUGUCCAGGAAAUAUUAAGUCUUUUUCCAGGAAAUUGUGGUUUUUCUGAAAAUUAUAAGUAAAAUUGAUAAACUAUUUUGAUCAUUUUUCUUUUUUCUUUUUUGUAAUCGUAAUGUUUUCAUUUAUUAGAUAUCAACGAGUGUCUCUCUUCACCCUGUGACGCCAAUGCCGUUUGUCAAAAUACCAUUGCUUCCUUCACUUGCACGUGUAUUGCUGGAUUUACAGGAGACGGAUUAUCUUGCACGGGUAAGAUUUAAUUAAAAAACGAGUUAACUACAUGACGUGUGUGUCAAAUUUUUUAAAUAUGUUCCUUUUAUACCCACUUACGGCUUUGUUACGUUUUUUUUUGUUCAUAUUGGAUUUGAAUUAACGGAUUUUCUCUAUAAAAAUUUAGAGCAAAGCCCCGUUUACUCACAGCCAACCAAUGCAAAGACUUCUUUAUGAAGCUGUGUUGUCCAUUAAGUCUUCAUACAACACCGCUGAUUGGUAGCUUUAUGCAAAAUCUGAAAAAAUUUCCCAUUUUAAAAGUAAAAUAUAUAUAUAUAUAUAUAUAUUAAAUAAGUCAUACUCCUUAUUUCAUUACCGAAAAGAAUGAUAGACACACUCAGUUUAUCAAAAAAGGCAACAAUUCAUUAAAAAGAAUAAAUAUUGCUGAUAUAUUUGUUCAGUUUAGAUUGUUUCAGUUCUUAAAAUUUAAAUACAACAACAAAUAAUAGCUUGCUAACAAUGUUUCAAUCAACCUUUAUUUUUCAGCAUUGCCAACUACUACAAGUAAGUGAUGAUACUAAAAUGUUUGGUUCACUGUUUUAACAGUUUUCACCUCUGAUGCUAACGUUGUGGACGUCCCCUUUAAAGAUCUUUAAAAAGUUAAUUUACGGGGACGCCUAUUACUUAAACCUGUCCGAGUUUUCGUCAAAUGUUCAACUUACGUUUUCGGCUGUUUUUAUGCGUGAGAGAAAUAAAAGACGGUUUUGCAGAUCAGUACCUACCAUUUUGCACAGCAGUUGUUUUGUCAGGAAAAGGUUCGUUGAGUCUACGAGGCGUCGUGCAACACAAACUUUAUCACUUCACGCCAAAAGAGAGUUUGCUUUCCAAGUGUUCCCCCGCCGAGCAGAGGAAAGAAAUCAUAUCAACAACCCAUAAUGCAAUCUGCUCUUGCUAAACACACUUUAAAGAAAGGAUUUUAAGGAAGUACUUAAUCAGUUGAUUUACAGAAAUUUACCAUUCGGACAGGAACCCAUAUGGGCUGGCCUGCUUUGGGCUAAUAAUGGGAUUAGCAAAAUUGUUCUUCUAGGACUCUUUCUUUAAAAGUAUGGUAGUAGGAGAGUACUUUAACGUUCUAGACAUCAUAACAGUAGUAAUCUUGAAACAGCAAAACACUUCACGCAUCCUGACGGCAACUAUUGUUGUUGUAAUGGAACUGGACUGGAAAUUUCUUUGUGAGGGUGAACAUAGUAUAUAGCACUGUUUCAAUGCUAGUUGGAAAACUGGCAGACAUUAGGGCCAUUUAUACGAGGAAAAAUAAGACGCGUCUUACAUAAGACGCGUCUUAAGUAAGACGCGAACUGUACCAUUUAUACGAGCAUAUCUUAUCUAAGACAAGAACAGCUCGUAUAAAUGGUUCGCGUCUUAUUUCGGUUCUUGACUCGUUUUCAUGUGAAUGUUACCCGUAACAACGGCAAUCCAACGUGGCGUGCCAAAAAUUUACGCAUGCGUAUUAUGCGUUCGCGUCUUAUGUAAGACGCGAAGGCCAUUUAUACGAAGUUUUUCUCGUCUUAGCUAAGACGCGUCUUAUCUAAGAACAGGUGUUAAGGGCUGUUCUAAAAUAAGACGCGUCUUAGCUAAGCCUCGUCUUAUUUUAGACGAAAUGUGCCGUUUAUACGGAAAGUUCGCGUCUUAUGUAAGACGCGUCUUAUUUUUUCUCGUAUAAAUGGCCCUAUUGUAACAUGUAGUAAUUCUUAUUACAUCUUUUUCAAUUUGCAGUGCCAACGACAGCACCUGUUCCAACCACAGGUGAGCAUUGCAGUGUAAAAUUUCUUCCUCCCACAAAAGGGCAUAAAAUGUCUUGCAUAUGAGUUACCAGGAGACUUGCAUCAUAUUGUGCUUUCCGGGGGGGAGGGUCCAGAUCUUACGGAGCGAGGAUCGAAGAGGGUUUCCUCUCUGAGACCGAAUUAUGCAUGUCGGUGCCUCUAACCAGCGAGCCUCGGAUCAAUUUGGUAGAAAUAUAAGAAGGGCAGCCCCAGAGGCCCUUUAUUAUUGUUGUCAAUGCUAUUUUUCUUUUUUGUAAUCAUAAUCUUUUGUAUUUAACAGAUAUCGACGAGUGCCUCUCUUCACCCUGUGACGCCAAUGCCAUUUGUCAGAAUACCAUUGGUUCCUUCACUUGCACGUGCAAUGCUGGGUUUACAGGAGACGGAUUAUCUUGCACUGGUAAGAUAAAAAAUCGUGUGAACGGUACGACUUUUACGUCAUGUCAUUUUUAUUCAAAUACAUAUCUUGUCCACUAUCACCUAGUACAGCUUUGUAGGGACUUAAUACUGACAAAAAUUAAUUAGAGACUUAAAAUUAGUUUUUAUACUACUUAUUAACCAAGUAUAUCAUGGGGCCUUUUUAAGGUGACUGAUGACGAAGAUUAUGAAGAUUUCAUCACUUUUUUUCAACAGAUAUCAAUGAAUGCAUGAAUUCACCAUGUAGUGCCUUUGCGGUUUGUCAGAAUACCGUUGGUUCCUUUAGUUGCACCUGUAAUGCUGGAUUUACUGGAAAUGGAUCAUCCUGUUUAGGUAACAUAAAAUCUCUAAUUUUUCGUUAAUUGAAAUAUUAAUUAAAAGUGCUCAGCCUUUGUACCGUCCCUUGGGCCUUGGCCCUCGGAGGGGGGGUAUCUCGAGAAUUCUUGGUGGGGGUGUGCCACCCGGUUCCUGGUUCUCCAAAUGCUGACCCUAUUGUGGACCAACAAAUGUCAUUUUUCACACGGCCUUUAAGAAAUUAUGUCAUCAUUACUUAGAUUAAAGCAGCAACAAAAAAUAUUUCUUAAAAUCCAUUUCGAAUUCGCAUAUCUCUCUUUCUUUCUUACACAUUUGGAAUUGAAACGGUAAAUACCUUCUUACACUCACGCAGUUCCCUUAAAAACCAUACCCGAUUCCAGACCAAAAUGAGCAAAGUCUAUACUUGUUUUCAGACCAAAAACCCUGGGGCGGUACAUAUCUAUAUAUAGGGGAGUACCCCCCCCGGAGGGCCUCGGAGAAACGUCAAACUUCAUAUUUCAGCCCAUGUCAAGUAAUCUGGAUUCCUGAAUCCUGGAAUUUUUUGCUUUUGGAAUGCUCAAGGACCCGGAAUCCCGUGAACGCUGGGAAUCUGGAAUCCAAGUUACACUGACAAGGAUUCGGAAUCCAAUAACUGAAAUCGAAGUGAAGAGAAUCGGUCAUGUCGCCGGGCGCUCCGCACGUACCGGUUUAAAACUCCAAACGUACCAAUGCCUUAUAUAGUAAACUAAAAUGAGUUAUUGUAUUUCUUUUCUUUUCUUUUUUCUUAUGUAGUUUAAUAACGUUAUUAUUUAAAGUCUUGUCCUGCCUAGAUUAGCAUUAUAGCUAUUUGCAGGAAAUAAAGUAUUGCAAACUUUAUAAUUAUAUUUCUUUAAAUAAAUACAUUGCUGUUGUUGUUGUUGUUGUUGUUGUUGAAUCUGGAAUCCACAGCGUGGAAUCAAGAGUGGCUAGACUGUCUUGGAUGAGCUUGCAUGGAGCGAUCUCAUUUGCCAAAUGAGCGAGAACAAAACAUUUUGGCCCAACACCUGUGAUUAGUUCCACGUUUGACCCUGCGCGCCUUAAAGUUUUGAUUUAUUAUAUCGUUAUCCAUUUAAAACUUAAUGACUGGUUCCGAGGAAAACAAAAUUAACUGUUUCCCGAAAGAUCAGUCUUUAAGUGACUUGCUAUAUAGCUGGAAAUUCAUUAAACCUCACCGUCACGGAGGUCGUCGGUCAACAUUCGAGGGUAACAGUGCACUGUUACCCUUUGACGUCAUAGAUUUUGCGAUGUUGCCUGCUCAGAGAUUUUGGCGGGAAACAUUUUCAUUGUUAGAUGUCAUGUGACCUCGAAGUAACAGCGCGCUGGGAAAAAAAAUUCCAGCUAUAUAACAAUGAUAAAUAAGUAUCAUAUUCAUGCUUUCUGAAUCAUGAUGUUUUUGAUCAUCAAGAUGUCAACGAAUGUUCCACGUCUUCACCCUGUGGCGUCAACGGCGCUUGUUUGAACCUGUUCGGUUCUUUUCUUUGCAUAUGUUUCCCCGGAUUUAAUAGCGACGGAAGAAAUUGCACGGGUAAGAUAUAGAUACAAAGAGAAUUAUCCACCAAAAUUAGUCCGUUGAUGAUAGAAACAAAAUGUUACAUUUAGUGCCUAAAAUAAAAACUAAUGAUAAAUAGAGGUAACGCAUGGGUUUCAAUUUUGUUGGGUGUAUUACGCAAAUGUUUAACGACGACUUUGUUACUGGCGGUUGUGGUGGGACAUUUUUCUUCCUUGUCCCUUUCCACGAUAUAAUUAACUUCAGCGCUGUGUUUCGAUAUGGUAUUAGCCGCCAGAUGGAGUUUAGUAAAGACACUCUAACUUUAGAGUCUGCGGACGAAAUCCUAUGAUGUGACCAUUCAAAUAAAAGCUCUGUGCCUGUACUUACACAUGGUACUAUUUGUUUUUUCAAAAUUUCACAAAAUGAAAUUUUCAUGGGAAAUCUGGUUAAUUUUAAUAAACCGUGGUAGACAAAACGGGCGAAGAAGGGAGUGACUAGUACAGUGUACUUUUUUGUUUAUGUUCUCUCUUCUAUUCAUAGAUAUCAACGAGUGUCUUUCGUCUCCCUGUGACGUGAAUGCCAACUGCCAGAACACCAUCGGUUCUUUUCAGUGUUCGUGUAACGCUGGAUUUACUGGAGAUGGAAUCACUUGCUCAGGUAUUUAAAAAGAAAUAGUUAGCUAAAAGAAUAGACCUUCCCCGUAUUCUUGGGCGCAAAGCCACCAAGGGGAGGGGGAGGUUGUGGGUGGGGGGUGGGGCAACUCAACAAAGUUUUAUGUGUUAUACAGGGAGGCUCCAGCCUCCCUGUAUAACCGCUGGACUUCCCGAGGUCCCGCCUCUUACCCUUUUAUUUACUAUUCUCAUAUCAACUUUCAUCGCUAAAACAGGAAGUCUUCUUGUUCUUUUCGUGCAUCGUUUAGUAAAUUAAAAUGAUAUAGCCAUAGGGUGAGUCUUUCGAAACAUUUUAAUAAAAGGACCCUUUCAUAUACUAAAAAUAACUAGUGAAUUUCCACUACCUGUUCGAUAUACCAGAAGCUUGAAAAAGGUACCCGUUACGAGUGGAACCCCACCUCUGGGAUGUAGGCCAUCAUAGGGAGUGCCCCCUGGAGGGCUCAAUAAAGACAGGGAAGGUCCAUUUAUACCGUGUAAAGAACUAAAAAUAAAAGCCAGAACAGGAACUGUGGACUGACGUUAGAAAUACCACAACAAUGGAUAAUUUAUCUUAGCAGUCAGACUCUUUUGAGUAUAUCGAAUCGUUCCCAGUCCUUCUUAUUUGUUGUUAUUGAGAGCUAUGAUGCCUGAGGGUCGCCUGGGGGUAAGCUAUGCUCUUUGAAAGACAAAACUGAAAAGUGGGUGUGUUGUUUCCAAUUUCUUUCGUUUGGUCCUUUUCUGAUCAUCAUUUUGAAUUCUUGGUCUUAGCUAACCCAAAGCUCUGUAAAUACCCUUGAACGUUAACAAGCAAUUCUUACCAUAAUAGGUUAAGCGAUCUUAAAAAACCUUCUUCUGUUUAGAGUAUUUUGCCAGUAAGCAGACAUCCGCCAGUGCACGAGAUUAUUUUAGCAAGAAAUGCAUUAGAACUAUUCUCCUUUCCCUCUUGCCAGUUUAGCAAUCCAUUAUUUUUUGUAAAACGAAAACGUACUUCAUGAUGAUCGGAGCAUGCAGUUUGAGCGAGAUGAAAACUAAAAUGCCUUUCUUGCAUCCCAUAAUAAGCCCAAAGACUAAGCUACAAAAAAACGAAAAGAAUAACUUACAGGGAAGAGAAAGAAGUAACGUUUUUCAAAAUCCAGCUACAUAAUUAUUCAGUUUUAACUUAUAAAUUUUACACGAAUAUUCAUGAACGGGUGGUGAAUACACAAAUACAUCCACCCAUCCACCUAUUUUUAAAAAAACUACAAAGCAAAAUAAAAACUGUUUUAUUAAUUUUAAUCUUGCAGUACCAAGCACAGCUCCUCCUCCUCCUCCUACAACUGGUGAGUGAGUUUUCUAAGGAAGACCUCAACCCUCCAACCUCAUUCUACGAGAUAAUCAAAACUGGUUUUCCGACUGGGAGCAUCCGUUUAUUGAUAAACCAAUGGUCAUAAAUGUGCCCGCUGUACCAAGCGCACUGCUAUAAGCUUGUGUUAGAAUAUUAUAUCCCCUCAACAAGCAGCACAUUCAAGCAAGAUCUCCCUUAAUUCAUUACGUUCUCGAGUACGCCGCCAACACAAAAUCGAGAAGUGAAGGGAGGCUUUGAUAACAGGCCAAAGUUGCAAUUAUAAAAUACAUGACUCACAUUCUUUUACGAUCGAUCAAUUGCUAGAUUUUGAACGAGUGCCUCUCUUCACCCUGUGACACCAGCUCGACAAAAUAUGGGAUCGAGGCUCCAGCCCGAGGUCCAGCCUCUUACCCUUUUAUUUACCAUUUUCAUAUCUGCACCUUUCAUCGCUAAAACCGGGAGUAUUAAUCUUCUGGGUGUUUUGUCUCCAAUAUUUUUUUCGUUUGGUCCUUUUCUGGUCAAAUCUUUCCCAGGAGCGGAGGGAAAGAAGGCUGCGGAAGAUUUGUCUUUAACGUUCUUUUUACUCUUUUUUUUUUAGCUAUCUGUCAAGACAUUGCCUCCUCUUGCGCUCAGUUAAGUUUUAUCUGGUGUUCUUCCGCUCCAAGCUCCUGCCUGAGGACCUGCAAUAGAUGUCCCGCAUAAAGUCACAGCAAUGAUCGAGAUACGCCGUUUCAGAGGCUCAUGCUCAUUCUAAGUUUCUGGCUAAACAUAGCUGUAAUACUCUCUUAUAAUACGCCGUGCUUGAACCACUUUGAUUAAAUUUAACUUGUUAUCGAAUGUUUUUGCCAAUUAAGAGAAUUGCAUCUCAAGUUGUAUUGAAAAGGCUGAAAUAAAGUUACUUUGAAACGUUCACACUGGCUCCUGUUAGGUAUUUUGUUGAACUUC